CCUGAUAAGGAUCAGAGACAUGAAAGACUGAGUGACUUGAAACUGGAGGAAGGAAGAGUUUCACACAGUUAGUUCUGCUUCUUAUGUUGCGACAGAGGCAGGAAGCAGCGAUGACACGCACAACGUCUCUGUAUAUCACACUGACAACCGCAGAGACGAGAGAAGAAGAAGACAAGGGAGGAGGCCACAGAAGAGGAGCCGCCAGAGACGCACCGAGGGAGGACGAGGAGCCGAGGAGGCGUCAUGGAGGAGGACAUCAGGAAACAAGGGCUGCUGUACCUGCAGCAACAGAGGUUUGGAAAGAAGUGGAAGCGUGUGUGGUGCAUGUUGUACAGAGAAAGCUCCUGCUCCAUCUCCAGACUCGAGUUCUUUGAGUGUAAAGAUGCAGGAGCUGUGGAGAAAACCGACAAGAGCCUGCGCAAACAGCAAGAACACAAGAAGGUGAUUCGUAUGACAGACUGCAUUCGUGUGUCAGAGGUGGACGUGGACGCUUGUCCCAGAGACACGACCCCGUUCCUGGUAGAGACCACAGAGAAGAUCUACAUGUUCGCUGCAGACAGAAACCAGGUGGAUGACUGGACGCACAAACUGUGUGAGAUCGCCUUUCCUAUGAGCUGGGCUGAGCCCGGAGCCAAGCGGGCCAGUCUGCAGAGAGGGACCAGGGUGGAGGGAGAGGAAGGGAUGGAGGACAACUCCCUGUACAGCGGCAGACAGACAGGUACCUUGCGGGACUUCAAGGUGUGUGUUCGGAGGACGGAGGCGUCUGACCGCUGCAGACUGAAGGGAGACCGCGUCUUGCGAACAGACGCUGAGGCUCUGCAGCUGCUGGACAAGACAGGAGGAGUUGUGUUCACAUGGCCCUACAAAUACCUGAGGCGCUUCGGCCGAGACAAGUCCACCUUCUCAUUCGAGGCGGGUCGGAGGUGUGAGUCUGGGGAGGGGAACUUCGAGUUCGACACCAGACAGGGGAACGCCCUGUUCCAGGCUGUGGAAGCAGCUAUCAACCUGCAGAGGAUCUCCCUCCCUCACAGACAGACCUCCGGUGGUGGGCCGUCCCUGGAGCCUGGCCCGGCCCAGAGCAGGACGCCGCCGCCACCACCUCAGACCCGCAGCCAUAUCCCACAACCCCCCACAACUCAGGUGACUGAUGGCGUGUACAGCACGGUGGCCGAGCAUCCGGCAGCUCUGGCACUUCAUCACAAAGACAAGGACGGAUCCAAUGGCGCACAGCAGCAGCAUCGUCCUCAGAUGUCUCGACUGGACCCUCCAGUGGACAAAGUGCUGACCGGGGUAAAAAGUCUGACUCUGGACACUCGCAGUGGCCUUGCUCCUCGUAAAAACCAGGUCAAGAUGAUCUCCAGCUGCCCUUUGCCCCAUGCCGAGCCCAACUCCAACCCAGGUACAGGCACAGGUCCCAGUGCCACCAUCGCCUCCAGCUCCUGCCUCAGUCCAAACCCUGAGGACAUGUACUCCCAGAUCACCCUCCCAACCCCCGAGCGAGGCACCAAGAGGGAGCGGAGAGGGGAGAGAGGAGGCACCCCGCCUGUAGUCCACCCAGAGCCAGAAUACUCGCUCCCCUUCGACACCAUCGCCACAAACGUCAUGGUAAACACCCUAAACUCCCAUCAGUCUCCUCUGUCCACGCCUGGUGCCGACACGCUCUACGACAGCAUUGACGACAUGAGGAUCCGAAACGUCUUCAAUGUCAACAGCUUCGGACCCACAUACGGAAAAGUGGAACACAUCUACGAUGAGCCGGAAGGCUGUGCAGCACCACCUGUGCAAAACCCCCACCCCUCAGUGUACGAUGACCCCGAGGAGAUGAGAGGCGACGCCUGGAGGCUCAUGGGUACAGCCGCCGACCCAAAAGGUCACGAGUACCCGUACGAUCCCAGAGUGGACGACUAUGCCGUCCCCAAGCGACCACAGAGGGUCUUUCCUAUCCGACAGAGCACCAAAGAUGAGGACGAUGAAGUAGAGGAUGAAGAGCAGCAGCAGAAGGAGGAGGAGCAUAGCAUUUCACCCUACAACAACUUGAUGGUUAAAAUGGUGUAAAGCUUUAGAUAGCAUUCAGUCGGGAGCUUGUCCUGCUCAUCAGCGGAAAGACACACAGCUUGUGUCUCUUCAUCUCUCUGACAACAUCAUCUCAUAUUUUAUAGACAAGGCUGUUAUCUGAGCCAUUUUUUGUUGAUUUCGGGUGUUUGGUUAGAAUCAGCCAAGCAUGAAAAGGAUCCACACUGAGACAUGUGCAAGAAAAUCAGAACUAAGGCCUCUGAUCCCAAAGUGUCAAUGAAGGCACCACAACCUCAGCUCUCACUUCAUUUGUCUGAUUGUGAUGUGAUUAUCAUUACCAUACAGAGACAUUCAUUUACUAAAGCUGUGACAGAUCACUGAGAUGCCUGUACAGAACCUGAACGUAUGAAAUAAACAUCCUUCAUCCAG